UAUCAUUCAACCUCAGAGCAAGCUGGCUUCUAACAUGGAAGUUUUGCCAAAGGGAGGGUCGGGACCAGUGGUGGAAGGACUUGUGUCGGACGAUUCACGAGCGGCAUUGCCUGAGUUCGAAGUUUUUGCACCUCGGAAGUGUGAUGAAUACAUCCUGAUAUCACGUCUACAUGGAAGCAUGGCGGAACCCUCGGUGCACAUAUAUACAGCCAUGAGCCGGCCUCUGCGUCCUAGAAAAUUUACACUCGCCUUGUGUCGUUUGGUAUAAUGUACCUUCUCUCAACUUCACAGUGCGUAGUAUUUCCCUCAACCGUCGUACUGACCCUCGCUUUCCCCUUCAUCGUCGCAUCUGUGUUACCACCCACAACUUUUUCAUGUCCGACCUCGCUAUGGCGGCAUCCAGAACGCAUUUAUUUGCUGUGGAUAUCAAUAUGUACUAAUGUUUGUUGGCAGAAUCUCCUUUUCUUGAAGUUGGACAAUGGAUGGCCAUACACAACAAUGAUUGCGGCUGAAACCCCGGAAUGCCACGCCAGGAACCCGGGGGUGACUCAUAUGUGUCUCUUUCUAGAAACCAACAAGUGCGGACAAUGUCACAGACGCUUUGACUUCGCUCCGACCACCGUGACGGCUGGUUGGCUCAUCGACUCCAGUGGAUCUUGUCAAAGCGUAGUUGAAUCGCGCAUUCAGCAAGGAGGUCAAUGAUUUCAAUGCAGUCCACCAUUGCCUUGCUGCCGUCCGCAUAAAAUAUCCAGUCUUCAUCCGUCAAGUCUCUGCAAUCUCAUCUUCAAGUGACCACACCUACUCUAAUCUCUCGCUUGAAGAGCCAUUCGAGCUAAGA